CAUUAAUCUGUCUCUCUGGAAUCCAAAUAGAAAACAACCUCUACGACAUUAAUACCGAAUCCUAAGCCAAGCUUUCCUUUGAUACAACAAGAAAAUAACCAAGCCCAAUUCCUCUUAUCUUAAUACCGAAUCCCAAUUCUUCUUCUUCCCUGCUAUCUGAAAGCUUCACUAUUUAGGUAGAGACUCGAAAGAGUUCAGUGAAGAUGAUGAGCAUCAAGGGUUGGUUUCAGAAAUCAAAAUGGGCACUAAGCAUGAUCUUUAUCCAGGUGGUGCUCGCAGGGCUGCAGCUGUUGUCUCGGAUCAUAUUGGAUCAAGGAUCUUUCGUUUUCGCUGUAUUGACUUACAGGCAUCUAGUGGCAGCUCUAUUUGUUGCUCCAUUUGCUUUCUUCUUCGACAGAGACAUAGAAAGGAGGCUCAGCUGGGUAGCUUCAUUCUGGAUUUUCAUGAACGCUUUAUUCGGGGUGACAAUUGGAAUGGGGUUGUACUAUUAUGGUCUAUCAGCCACCUCCGCUACGUAUGGCGUUAGUUUCCUUAAUUUGAUUCCUAUUGUUACCUUCGCCUUCUCCAUAUUAGCCAGGAUUGAGAAAUUGGGAAUGGGAAGGUGGGAAGGAAAGUUGAAGAGUGCAGGAGUAGUGCUGUGUGUUGCAGGAGCAUUAAUUGCUGGUCUUUACAAGGGCAAGACAUUCAACCCACCCCACUCUCAUUCACACACUCACCUCAUCACCUCAACAGCUGCAAAAGUGGCCAGGCAGCAUAAUUGGACACGUGGCACACUCAUGCUCGUGGGUAGCUUGUUGAGCAUGUCCAUUUGGUACUUACUACAGGUUAAGCUGUACAAAGUGUACCCCUCAAAAUAUUGGACAACAAUGUAUACCUGCAUUGUGGGGUCAAUGCAAUCAACGGUGGUAGGGGUAUUGAUAAAUAGAAGCAAGGCUGCAUGGGAGUUAAGAUGGGAUUUGGAAUUAGCGACCAUCAUUUACUCGGGAUCAUUAGCGACAGGUGCAAAGUUUUGCCUAGUUAGCUGGGUGGCUGUGAAUCAAGGACCCACGUAUCCCCCAAUGUUCAUUCCACUUAGCCUCGUGUUCGUAGCCAUCUCUGAGUUCCUGUUUUUGGGCGACCCAAUUGCUCUUGGAACGUUAAUUGGCAUGUUUAUGAUUGUCGUUGGUCUCUAUGCAUUUGUAUGGGGAAAGAGAAGGGAGUCUAAAGAGUUGUCGAUGCCAAAAACCAUCAACGGAGGAGGACAGACCGUGACCGUGACCGUGACCAACAUUUCAUUAUCAACUGAUGUACAUGUGCAGUCCACACCUGUUACGAAUCCCACUUAAGUUCACCUCUAUUACUAUUACUGCCUAGGAACAUUUCAUUAUCUGCAUUCGGGUUAGAAUUCGAAAUCUUUAACUUGGGUUAGAAUUUAGAACUGCAUGCCUCAAAAAAUUG